UAUACGCAGAGAAGGCAAAGAGAGACACACACAGGAGUGAGAAAGUAUCAAGUUUCAGAUAACUGCACUAGCCACUAAGGAAGGAGCACCAUGUCACAGCCCAGUCAGUGCAGCUGCCUGGACUUCAUGCUGUUUGUGCUAUGCAGCUUCAAGGCUAUUGCUGCCUUUCCUAACUUCUCUCCACUGCUGAAUCCCAGCUGGGGAAACACAGACAGCCUGAUGCACCUGUACACAUCUACUGAGAAGAACAGCUUCCAUCUGCAAAUCAACCCCGAUGGUUAUGUUGAUGGCACACCUCACCAAUCCAUUUACAGUGCCCUAAUGAUCAAAUCUGAGGAUGCUGGCUAUGUGGUGAUAACAGGUGUAAAGAGCGGGCGCUACCUAUGUAUGGAUGUUAAAGGAAAUAUCUUUGGAUCGCAUUACUUCAGUCAAGAGGACUGCAUAUUUAAACAAAGAACACUAGAAAAUGGAUAUGAUGUGUACCAAUCUCCCAAGUACAACUUUCUGGUCAGCCUGGGCAGGGCUAAACAAGCUUUCUUCCCUGGUAUGAAUCCACCACCGUACUCCCAGUUUUUGCCCAGGAGAAAUGAAAUCCCUCUGAUCCGAUUCAACACACCUGAACCCCACAGGCACACUAGAAAUGCUGACAUUGAUCCCCUCCAGAUUUUGAUCCCGCAGGGAGAGGCCUUUGACACAGGACCUCAGAGGUUGCAGACUCACUUUGCUCACCUGCCUAGAGAACCCAUGAGAAUCAAUCCAAAUGAUGUGGUCAAUCCAGAUGAUCCACUCGCCAUGAUGGAUGUCAGAAGGAAUGGAAGUCCGCGCUUUUACAUUACAAGAUAGCCAGGGCCAUGCCUCUGCAGAGAGGAGACACAGGUGAAUAUGUUAGAGAGAACUGGAUAGAGCCCUAAAAUCUUUUAUAUUCAAUAUCUAACUUUCACAAGGCCUGUUAGAAAUCUGAAAAGCAUUGAAAACAUUUGAACUCAAGCUUUGUUCUUGUAGAUGACGUUGCAGGAACAUGGAAUUGUAUGUUAUUUUACAGGUGGAGCUUUAUUUUACUUGAAAUAAGCUACAUUUGCAAGGUAUUAACACCAACCAAACAUUUUAGGGUCUUGACUCUCCUCUAGCUUACAUUAGCGUUAUUCCACCAAAGGCUGAGUCAUUGACGUUAUGCUACUGACGCGGCUGACAGGAGAAUUGGGUCCUAGAAUGUUUAGAACUCUAAUGUAGGCAGGGAAGUUUGCUUCUGACCUACUCUUCAAACUUUAGGUCAGGAGGCUGCACAAGCACAGCCGUUUUAAUUAGUGAUUGUGUAUUGUACAGAAAACGUUAUUAUGUACAAGAUUAGAGCCUGAGUCUCCUCUCAUACCAGUGAGAAUCAGGAGUAACUCUGUUAAAGGAGUUACACCGGUGUAAAAGUACAGUAAAUGAUAGGAGAAUUUGGUCUUAACUGUCAUACUAGUAGGGAUACAAUAAGAACUGGCUCAAACUAAACCCAAACUGAAAUUACUUUGAGAUUUUGUUCAUAGCUCCCUCUAUACUAUACAACCAGGUGCCAGAACAGAAGUGCACAAAUACAGAGAGAAGAGUUAUAUUCUUAGAAUUUCCAACCCAGAAAGAAAUCGGAAAUACCAGAAAUAACAAAUUGUGAUAAUACUGCGUUGGACAGCUUAGCACCCCAAAGACUUCUGUUAGAAAGAAUCACAGCUGCCCACCUGUGUGUCAUAGGCCCCAAAAUGCUAAUAGCUAAUGGAGAUUCUCCUCUAGCUGGAAUUGUCAGGGUGGGUGUUUUAGGAAUAGGACGGACCUGAGUUCUAUCUCUGCUGUCUCCAUGAUAUUCUGAGUGAUCAUGAGGUGCUCUAGAGUGAUAGCAGUGAAGUCCCUACAUAGCCCUGUGUUUCUUUAUACAUUCCUCUUAAGCGCUCCAAGUACUAAGAACAAAAGCCAGCCUAAUUCUAGACCAGAGGGGUCAGUAUACAUUAUGGAUAUGCUUGCUCAUUGGACUUGCACAUCCACCCACCUUGAGUUUUACUCAUCUUUAGUUAAGAUGUGGAUGCACCAAAAUCUGUAGCUAGUAAAUUCAAGAUGAACACACCUCAAAAGGAUCAGGGGGUUGAUUAGGUCUAGGUAAAGUCUGGAUGGGCUGUCUGAAUUUUAUCAUAAUCGUCUUGGGCCUUCCGGGCUGGAAAACUCAUCUUUCAUGAUGAGAUUGUCUGGUACUCCCCGAGUCUGGUUAAAGCAGAAAAGCUCUAAAAUUAAUGUGGAAGUUCAGCUGUGUGCCCUGAAAGAAUCAAGAGCAGAAGAAUGAAUAUAUGGAAGAAAAAAAUUGAAACAAGUAUUCAAGCCUCCAAAAAGGCUGGGUUCUGGGUAUGGAUGAUGGUUCAAGACAGUUCUUAUUUUAUCAGAAUUCUAACAUGGGGAAGCCUGCCUAGACAUGCGGUAGGAAAGGACUCAACUGCAGCAGGCAGCGUUCUCUUUCCUAACUCAAAUGGCUACCUAUGCAGAUGAGGGAAUGACGGACUGAUCCUGCUUUUAAGUGUCUUCCAUCGGGCAGAAUCAAGUCGCUAGCAGACAGAUGUGGAACAAACCAUAGCAUUACCUGCUAAAAUACAGGAAUGUUUCAGGAAGUUUCUCAGGCCGGAUUAAUCCAUGAUAUAAAUAAACUGACUCUUAUAGCAGGGAUGAAUCUGACCCUGCAUCUUUAAACUUAAAGGAAUCCGUGAGAUAAGAGCAUUGACUCUAAGCCUCGCUUUGCUUUCCUGUUGCUACUCCAGCCACAAUGAACACUUAAGAAAUGAGGCAUAAGGAAACCAGCAUGGAGUCAUCACAAGAUCAACAGCCUUGCUAGUGCUCAUCAUCAGAAGCUUGUUUUCUGGCUUUGGAAGGGCCUUUACAUGAGAGGAACUGCAGUGCAGCGCUUUUCAUUAUAGAUUAAAGGUCAGAUCUUUGGUAUAGCUCCACUGACUUCAACAGAGCUAAACCAGUUUGCACCAGUGAGGAUCUGGCCGAGUGUCUACAUAUAGCUAUUUUCCCAUCUCGUCAUUCUUACUGGACCUGAUUCUGAUCUCACUUACAUGGGUUUUAAGUCCAUGUGACUGCAUUGGAAUUACUCUUGAUUUACACCAGAGAGAGAUCAGAAUCAGGCCCAAAGUGCUCUGCAGAAGAGUCUAAUGUAAUGGAUGUUUAAUGUGUUUUUAUUUGUGCAUUUUCUCCUCCAGAUGCAGAUUUAUCUGCAUACUAUAUUUAUUAAGUGCAUUUAAUAGCCCUUUGACAUCCUAAUAACUGUAUAAUAGUCUAGACUCUAGCGACAUCUAUAAGAUAUAGCAGGCCUGAUUCUGAUCUCACAACUGUGAGAAUCAGAAGUUAACUCCACUGAAGCAAUGGAGUUACACCACUCAAGUGGUAUCAGAAUAAGGACCACUGCUUUCAGUGGAAUUGCUCUGGAUUUACAAAUGAGCGCAGGAUCUGUCCUGCUGCUGUCUUUUAAAUUAGCUUUCUCUUUCUUACAUGCCUUUACCAUCAAAGUUUGAGCUGGAACAGACAUUGGGCCUGUUUCUGUUCUCUCAAUAGUUUUACCUCUGUGUAAGUCCACUGAUUUCAGUGGAAUUACUCCUGAUUUAGACCAGUGACAUGAGAGCAGAAUCAGGUCCAGUGUACCAAGACUAGGAAAAUUCUUUAAAUCCACAACAAAUAUAAUUUAGCUUUAAAAGGUAAACUCAAGUCUAAAAGGAUGUUGGAGAGGUUCUUACCAUCUACGUUUUAGCAGGACUCUCUCCCAUGCUGUCUGUACAAUGGUCAGGCAUGACUAUUUAUAUAUUAUCUUUUUAAUAAUUCCACUUGAUUCCUGUACCUUUCUGAUUGGACUUUGCUCCCAGAGAACUCUGGACUGCAAUAGUAGUUAUGAGACAAAGACUACAUGCACAUUGGUGCUUUUCCAGAACCUUUAAGUGGAAUAAACACUUGCAAUAUCCAAAAGGAAAAAAUCAUUCUCCCUUAGUGAAUUAUGCUGGAUUUAAAGCUGAGCAUUAAGAAUAAAUGUAUAUUCUCAUAGGGCCCAGUUCUCCUCUUAUACCAAUGUAAUUCCAUUUGCUUUAGUGGAGUUACUCCUGAUUACACCAGGAUACAUGAGGAGAGAAUGAGUCCAUAAUCUAAAUUAAAGGCAGAUACUGCAGCCCAUAGUCACAUGAGUGAUCCUGCUGAACUUAAUGGGGCAGAUGUUUAGUUGUGUAAAUUAUCUUAGCUCCAGUGACUACAAGGGAGUCUCCAGGACUUGAGUUAAUGAGUGUAAGGACUCAUGUAAGUAAGGGCUGCAGGACUCCACCCUUGUGUAAUGCUACACUACAACCAUACACACAAGAAAUGGUGGGGUGUUAUUUGGUAUGGAGAAAAAAGGGGUUGUUUUAAUAAAUUAUUCUCCACCAAUGGUCAUGAAACGUAGAAUGGCUUUUACAUCAAAGCAUAUAUUCAACCAUACAGAACUGAAGAGGGAUUUGAGAGUUCGUUGUUUGAAGGAGGUGCUGGCCAUCAUCAGCUUUUAAGAAGAAACUACUUGUUUAUAUUGCAGUAUUUAUUUAUUUAUUUGAACGGUUACACACGUGGCAAAAUAUUUAUAAUGUAUUCAAAAACGGUUUCCUUUUAUAAAAAUUCCAAUAAACCUUUUUUCUCAAAUGACA